UUUCAUAAAUUGGAGGGUAUAAUUAAAAAUCCGAAGUUAGUUUUUCUACUUCAUUUGCAAUUGCAGGUGCGAUUUCAACAGUAACAGAAGCAAGCAUUUCUUGCAAGGGCACCAGAUUUUGACCUAAAGAUGCUUCACGGAUGUAGUUACAGUUACAGUUACAGUUGCAAUCACAGCCACAGUUCAAGAGAGCAUCACUGCUCUUUUCCAAGUAAGUUCCUUUCUCUUCCUUCUCCUUCUGAAGGAAGGGUUUUGCUAGGGUUUAAUCACUUCCAUAAAAAAGACGGCAAUUUUGCAAAAAGACGGCUUUUCUCUUUACCCAACACCUUUCCAGGUGACCCUACUCUUCCUAGGAGUUCCCUGAAGCAAAAUCCUCAAGGAAAUAGGGUUUCUCUAGGGUUUAAGCUUCAGUGUCGCUCGAAGAACCUAUCUUUACCCACAAAGAGCUCUUCUGUUAAUGGUAAAAAGAAGAGGUAUGGAGGUGUACUGCCUUCUAUUUUAAGGUCUUUGGAAUCUGAUAUUGAUAUUGAGAAAACCCUUAAUUCUUUUGGUCAGAAUUUGAGUCCAAAAGAACAGACUGUGAUUCUCAAGGAACAGAGGAACUGGAAGAGAGUAGUUAGAGUUUUUGAGUUUUUCAAAUCGAGGAAAGAUUAUGUACCUAAUGUUAUUCACUAUAACAUUGUGCUUCGAGCAUUGGGCAGAGCUCAAAAAUGGGAUGACCUAAGGCUUUAUUGGAUUCAAAUGGCAAAAAAUGGCGUUCUGCCAACAAAUAACACAUAUGGAAUGCUUGUUGAUGUUUAUGGAAAGGCUGGUCUUGUUACUGAAGCACUACUGUGGAUUAAGCAUAUGAGACUUAGAGGGCUUUUCCCUGAUGAAAUUUCCAUGAAUACAGUUAUUAAGGCGUUGAAAGACGCAGGGGAGUUUGAUAGGGCACAUAAGUUUUAUAAGGACUGGUGCAUUGGGCGGAUUGAGUUGGAUGACCUUGAAUUGGAUGCUACAAGUAAUUUCAGAAAUGGGUCUGAUUCUGCACCAGUUAGCUUCAAGCAUUUUUUAUCAACCGAACUUUUCAAGAUUGGUGGGAGAAUUCCUAUUCCGAGAACUGUUGGAUCAUUGGAUGCAGAAAGUACUGUUAGGAAGCCAUGUCUAACAUCUACAUAUAAUACCUUAAUUGAUUUGUAUGGGAAGGCAGGGCGUCUCAGUGAUGCAGCUGACAUCUUUUCAGAUAUGGUUAAAUCUGGGGUGCCAAUGGAUACUAUAACCUUUAACACUAUGAUUUAUACUUGUGGAAGUAGUGGCCAUCUGUCAGAAGCAGAGACUUUACUUAAUAAGAUGGAGGAAAGGGGAAUAUCUCCUGAUACAAGAACUUAUAACAUCUUUCUAUCCCUGUAUGCUGACGCAGGCAACAUCGAUGCAGCCAUCAAGUGUUAUCAGAAGAUUAGAGAUGUGGGUCUUUUUCCUGAUACUGUAACCCACCGAACUAUUCUUCAUGAAUUAUGUGAGAGGAAUAUGGUGAAAGAAGUGGAAACUAUAAUUGAAGAAAUGGACAAAUCAUCACAGCGUAUUGAUGAGCAUUCUUUGCCAGGUAUUAUGAAGAUGUACAUUAAUCAAGGAUUGCUUGAUAGGGCAAAGAAGCUCUUAGAUAAGUGCCAGCUUGAUGGUGGAUUUUCACCAAAGACAUUUGCGGCAAUUAUAGAUGCUUAUGCUGAAAUGGGGCUUUGGGCUGAAGCUGAGUCUGUAUUUUAUGGGAAGAGGGCUUUAGUGGGACAGAAGAGGGACAUUUUGGAAUAUAAUGUGAUGAUCAAAGCUUAUGGUAAGGGGAAGCUUUAUGAUAAAGCCUUUUCUCUCUUUAAGAGCAUGAGGAAUAAUGGGACUUGGCCUGAUGAAUGCACAUAUAAUUCUCUCAUCCAAAUGUUCUCUGGUGCUGAUUUGGUGGAUCAAGCAAGGGACCUAUUGGCUGAAAUGCAAGGAGCAGGAUUUAAACCUCAAUGCCUAACAUUCUCUUCUGUUAUUGCAUGCUAUGCCCGUCUAGGCCAUCUCUCUGACGCAGCUGAUGUCUACCAAGAAAUGGUGAAGGCAGGUGUAAAACCUAAUGAAGUUGUUUACGGUGCUUUAAUAAAUGGAUAUGCAGAGGCUGGAAAAGUUGAAGGAGCUCUUGAAUAUUUCCACAUGAUGGAGGAGUCUGGAAUUUCAGCAAAUCAAAUAGUUCUGACUUCACUGAUUAAGGUUUAUAGCAAGCUUGGAUGCUUUGACAGUGCGAAACAAUUGUAUCAGAAGAUGAUGAGUUUGGAGGGUGGUCCAGAUAUUAUUGCAUCAAAUAGCAUGAUCAGUCUCUAUGCUGACCUUGGCAUGAUAUCUGAAGCGGAAUUGGUUUUCAAUGAAUUGAGAAGGAAGGGUUCAGCAGAUGGGGUUUCCUAUGCAACCAUGAUGUAUCUGUACAAGAGUAUGGGCAUGCUUGAUGAAGCCAUUGAUGUUGCAGAGGAGAUGAAACAAUCAGGUUUACUAAGGGACUCUGUAUCAUAUAAUAAGGUAAUGGCAAUUUAUGCCACUACUGGCCAGCUAAUCGAGUGUGCUAAAUUGUUGCAUGAGAUGAUUGGCCGGAAAUUAUUGCCGGAUGGUGGGACAUUUAAAAUAUUAUUUACGGUGCUGAAGAAAGGGGGCAUUCCAACUGAAGCCGUAAUGCAGUUGGAGUCAUCCUAUCAAGAGGGAAAACCUUAUGCUAGACAAGCUGUCUUUACCUCUGUGUUCUCUGUAGUGGGUUUACAUGCUUUAGCACUUGAAUCCUGUGAUACAUUUGCAAAAGCAGAUUUAGCUCUUGAUUCCUUUGCCUACAAUGUUGCAAUAUAUGCUUAUGGAUCAUCAGGGGAAAUCCACAGAGCUCUUAACACAUUCAUGAAGAUGCAGGAUGAGGGCCUUGAACCAGAUCUUGUGACUUACAUUAAUCUUGUCCGUUGUUAUGGAAAGGCUGGCAUGGUAGAAGGUGUCAAAAGAAUUCAUGGCCAAUUAAAAUAUGGAGAGAUCAAUCCUAAUGAUUCCUUAUUCAAGGCUGUUGUAGAUGCCUACGAAGAUGCUAACAGGCAUGACCUGGCGGAAUUGUUUAACCAAGAGCUGAAAUUUGGUUUUGAUCCUCAACAAUUUUCUGAUUCCAAUUCUGGUUUGCAGCAAUAUUCUGACUUUGAAGAUGAAGAUGAAGAUGAAUCUGAUGGAGUUCUUUAGGUAUUUAGAAUCCGUAAUUUUGCAUGUUAAUGUUCAGAACUCCUAACCCAAAGCUCAAAAGUUGAGGAAAAGAAAGAAAGACACCAUUGUGUAAUCUGUACAGGAACAUAUUUUUUUCAAGGAAAGAAGAAUUGGUAUGUGAUGCAUAGGCAUGACGCUAUGGUCAAAUUGUUAGGCCUUUGGUAGAGUUUGGGUUUCAGUGGAGAACUAUAAAAAUGUAACAUGGAGAUUCCCUGUGUGCAUAUAUAUAUAUAUAUAGUGGAUAUCAGAAGCCGUUUUGGCUCUCUCUCUAUA